GAUCCUAGCUGCAGAGUUUUGAACGUACUGAAGCCUCUGCAGACUCUUUUUAGGGAUCCCAAUGAGAAGUGCGUUGCAAUAGUCCAGUCUGGAGGAGACAAAGGCAUGGACCAGCUUCUCGGCGUCUGGGAGGGAGAGAAUGGGACGGAGUUUGGAGAUGUUACGGAGGUGGUAGAAAGAAGGGAAGAAUUUUACGAGACAUCUCCCUACGAGCCGAUCAAUUUCUCUGAAGAAUUCAGGCAUGCCUCCAUUAUCUCAGAUUCAACUUUAUCGAAGGCGAGGCCCUGUUCGGAGGCAGGGAAACCCUGUAACCCCUGCGUGGAUGCAGCAAAAGCCUGCUACCUCAAUGAAACCUGUAGACGCCUGCGAUCAGCGUACAACAUUGUCUGCAGCAAGGUCACACCCCCACAGUCCUCUGCACUGAAUCAGGAGCCAUGCAGCAAGAAGAGGUGUCAGAAGGCCCUUCGGCAGUUCUUUGAGCGCGUCUCAUCCGAGCUGAGCUACCCUCUGCUGUUCUGCUCCUGCCUUGACCAAGCAUGUGCCGAGCGUCGUCGCCGCACCAUCGUCCCAUCCUGCUCCCACCAGGAGAGACACAAACCCAGCUGUCUGGAACUGCGACACACUUGCCGCUCCGAUGCCCUUUGCAGGUCUCGUCUCGCUGAUUUCCACAUGAACUGCCAGAUGACGUCUCAAACAGUCACCAGUUGCCCUUAUGACAACUACAUUGGCUGCCUCAUGUCCUACAUUGGUCUCAUUGGCUCAGACGUAACACCAAACUACAGUGACAACAGCCCAACCAACAUCACCAUCAGCCUGUGGUGCACCUGCAGGGGCAAAGGUCAUCAGGAGCCAGACUGUGAGGCCUUCCAUAGGGACUUCACUCAUAACACUUGCCUCAGUAAGUCCACAUUUUAUUCUGCCAAAUAACCGGGGCAAACUCAC